AUGUCUCUACCCCAAAAAACUGAUAUCCUCGUGAUAGGCAGCGGCAACGCCGGCCUCAGCGCCGCCCUCUCAGCGGCACAAACCAAUCCAACCCUAAGGGUAACCGUAAUCGAGAAAAGCCCAGUCUCCUGGGCAGGAGGCAACACCUACUUCACGGCCGGUGCCUUCCGCACCGCGCACAAUGGGCUACACGACCUCCUCCCACUAUUCUGGGGCGGACUCGCGUUAAAGACCCAAGACGGCGGCAAGGGUCUUGUCGAGGACGAGUUACGCGCGGCCAGGAACGCCGGCGUGGAUGUGUUCUUCGACACAGCUGCUACAGCGCUGGUGACUGAUCCGACGAGUGGUGCUGUUGUUGGCGUCGAAGUUGUCAACAGCGAUAGUAGUACUGGCUCACAUAAUAAAAUCACCAUCGCUGUCGAUGCGGUCAUUCUCGCUGCAGGCGGGUUCGAGGCAAAUCCGCAGCUGCGUGCGCAGUGGCUCGGUCCUAGGUGGGAUUGUGCGCGCGUGCGUGGCACGCCGUAUAAUACUGGUGAGAUGCUGCGGAUUGCGCAGCGGGACGUGUCGGCUAAGACGGCGGGGAACUGGAGUGGAUGUCAUUGUGUGGCGUGGGAUGCGGAUGCGCCGGCGGAUUCUGGGAACCGGGAGGUUUCGAAUGAGUUUACGAAGAGUGGGUACCCGCUGGGGAUUAUGGUGAAUCGGGAUGGGGAGCGGUUUGUUGAUGAAGGGUUUGAUAUGCGGAACUAUACGUAUGCGAUGAUUGGGCGGCGGGUGCUUCAGCAGCCUGGGCAGAUUGCGUUCCAGGUUUGGGAUGCGAGAACUGUGGCGUGGCUGCGUGAGGAGGAGUAUCGUAGUGAGGUUGUUCGGCGCAUUGAGGGAGAAUCGUUGGAGGAGCUUGCAGAGAAGUGUGCGGAAGUUGGACUUGCUGAUCCUGGACGUUUUGUGGAGAGUAUUAAGGAGUACAAUGCUUCUGUUGAGGGGGUGGAUGGGCACAAGAGGUGGGAUCCUGCUGUUAAAGAUGGGCUUGCUACUAAGGGGCUGGCUGUUCCCAAGUCGAAUUGGGCAUUGCCUAUUGACAGGCCGCCUUUCCUGGCUGUCAAGGUCACGGCAGGCAUCACUUUCACUUUUGGUGGGCUGGCUGUGGAUCCUGAAACUGCGGCAGUCAUUUCAGAGACGACGAGUGAUGAGGUUCCUGGAUUGUAUUGUGUGGGCGAAAUGCUUGGAGGCAUCUUCUACGAUAACUACCCUGGUGGAAGUGGAUUGACUUCAGGGACUGUCUUUGGGCGUCGUGCUGGUCGAGCAGCAGCAGAGCGAGCUGGAAGAGUGGAAGGCUAG